AUGUCCUUACGUUCCAUCACAUCUCGUGACAACCUCGAAAUAAACAGUCCCGGAAACCUAAGGAAAUUCUUGGGACUGAGAAAUACGCAUCCACAUGCCACCCUUCUGUUGGGAGUGCAGAUGACGGCAAACGACGUCUUUCACGAUGUUCGACACGCACGGCGGACGGCAGAACUUAUUACCAACUCAGCGAAAAAGAGACACUUCGACGGUGUAUUCGUCCGCAUGGAAGGACCGCCAUUGGAGUCAACCAACUGCUCAGCACUUUCUAUCAGUACGCCAGAUUUGCAGUCAUCGGAAGACUCUUACUCAGUGAGUCAUCUCGAUCCCCUUUUGCCGUCUGAUUCGAUUCCCUUAGAAGAUACGAUCAGUGGAUCAGUGGAUAAGUGCGCAAUCCUAAAGGUACUACACAUGGCGACAUCGCAAUGCAAGAAGGAGUUCGUCGGCCUUUACAGGACCUUUGCCAUCUCACGCAUCCAAUGGGUAACACAAGAAGGGCUUGGAGGAAUCGGAAUGUCAUCUCUGCAACUUGACGAUCCGAAAGGCAAAUGUGGCGCUGGCUCUUAUCCAUCACACACCAUGAUUGGCAAG